CAGUGCCUUGCAGAUGCCUCAGAAGCCCAGUGGUGAGCCAAGGCACUUGCACUGAAGUUCCUAACACAAGGAAAUUACAUAGACAGUUGCUUUAGUGCUGAAUAUGGACCAUAUAUUUUCUAGGAUAGGUGAAAUGUCAACCAAAGUGCCAAACAUUAAACUGAAAAUUGAUCCUCGGAAUCUGCAGAUCCAGACAUUUACAGUGGAGAAAUUACUGGAACCACUGAUAAUUCAGGUUACAACAUUAGUGAACUGUCCACAGAAUCCUUCUAGUAAGAAAAAGGGCCGUUCCAAAAGAGCUCGUGUCUUGCUUGCUUCUGUGGAAGAAGCCACUUGGAAUCUGUUGGACAAGGGAGAAAAAAUUGCCAAGGAGGCAGUUGUGUUUAAAGAGGAACUUCAUGCAGCUCUCGCUGAUGUGCGGAAAGAGAGUCAGGCCUUGCAGGUGUCAGCGGAGGCAUUCACCAGUGAUCCCUGCUCCCUGCCCAGGAGGCAGGCUGUUGUCCCAGCAGCUCGAUCCCUGUUGGCUGCUGUCACCAGGCUCCUCAUCCUGGCUGACAUGGAGGAUGUGGCCUUCCUGCUGCAGCACCUGACUGUGUUUCAAAGAACAUUUGAAUCUCUAAGAAAUGUAUCCAGUAAAUCUGAUCUACAGAAAACCUAUCAGAAGUUUCAAAAGGAUCUGGAAAAUCUUGAUUACUUGGCAUACAAACGUCAGCAGGAUUUGAAAUCUAGCAAUCAGCGAGAUGAAAUUGCUGCAGCACGUGCAUCCCUGAAGGAAAAUUCUGCUUUCCUACAUUCAAUAUGUUCAGCUUGUUUGGAACAUUCAGAUGUUGCAUCCCUUACAGCCAGCAAGGAUUCAAUUUGCAAUGAAAUACAGAAUGCUCUCAAUGUAAUUUCUAAUGCUUCCCAAGGAGUUGGAAAUAAAAUGGAGCAACCUGCAUCUCACACAGCUACUCUUGGCAGUGCACUUGAUGAGCUUGAGAAUUUAAUAGUCCUGGAUCCCCUGGCAGUGAACAAGGAGAAGGUGAGGCCAUCCCUGGAGCAGCGUCUGGAGGCCAUCAUCAACGGGGCGGCACUGCUGGCCGACUCCUCGUGCACGCGCGACUCGCACCGCGAGCGCAUCAUCGCCGAGUGCAGCGCCAUCCGGCAGGCCCUGCAGGAGCUACUGGCCGAGUACCUGCGCUCCACUGAUAAGGCAGAGAGAAGCAAUGCCUUGAAUGUUGCCAUAGACAGUAUGUGCAAGAAGACCAGAGACCUCCGCAGACAGCUCCGGAAAGCCAUUAUAGAUCACAUCUCAGACUCCUUCUUAGACACCACUGUUCCACUGCUAGUUCUCAUUGAAGCUGCUAAAAAUGGAAGAGAGAAAGAAAUAAAGGAAUAUGCUGCUAUAUUUCGAGAACAUACCAGCAGGCUUGUGGAGGUUGCCAAUCUUGCUUGUUCGUUGUCGACAAAUGAAGAUGGAACAAAAAUCGUCCAAAUGGCAGCUAAUCACAUGGAGACUUUGUGCCCACAGGUUAUUAAUGCUGCUUUAGCUCUUGCUGCCAGACCAAAAAGUCAAGUUGUGAAAAGCAACAUGGAGAUGUAUAGGAGUACGUGGGAGAAUCACAUCCGUGUUCUUACUGAAGCUGUGGAUGACAUAACAAGUAUUGAUGAUUUCCUUGCUGUAUCAGAGAACCACAUCCUGGAGGACGUGAACCGCUGCAUUGUGGCGCUGCGGGAGCAGGACUCCGAGGGCCUGGAGCGUGCUGCUGGCGCUGUGCGUGGCCGCGCCGCCAGACUGGCACACAUCGUGGCGGGGGAGAUGGACAGCUACGAGCCGGGAGCGUACACUGACAGCGUCAUGGGGCACGUGCAGCACCUCACCAGAGCUGUGAUUCCAGAGUUUAUUAAUCAAGUAAAUACUGCAUUGGAGAGCUUAAGCAAGAGCACGGUGCAUCUGUUUGAUGACAACCAAUUUGUGGACAUUUCCAAGAAGGUGUAUGAUACAAUUCACAACAUCAGGUGCUCAGUCAUGAUGAUUCGGACACCUGAGGAGCUGGAGGAUGUGUCUGACCUGGAGGACGAGCACGAUGCGCGCAGCCGUACCAGCGUCCAGACCGAGGGCAAGACUGAUCGGGCCAAGAUGACUCAACUGCCAGAAGCUGAGAAGGAAAAGAUAGCUGAGCAAGUGGCUGACUUCAAAAAAGUCAAGAGUAAGCUUGAUGCAGAGAUUGAAAUCUGGGAUGAUACCAGCAAUGACAUAAUUGUUCUGGCCAAGAGGAUGUGUGUGAUUAUGAUGGAGAUGACUGACUUCACAAGGGGGAGAGGCCCACUGAAGCACACAUGCGAUGUCAUCAAUGCUGCCAAGAUGAUCUCGGAGUCGGGCUCGCGCAUGGACGUCCUGGCACGGCUCAUCGCUGACCAGUGCCCAGACCAGUCGUGCAAACAGGAUUUACUGGCUUACCUAGAACAGAUCAAGCUGUACUCCCAUCAGCUCAAGAUCUGCAGCCAGGUGAAAGCAGAAAUCCAGAAUCUCGGUGGAGAGCUCAUCAUGUCUGCACUGGACAGCGUCACUUCACUAAUUCAGGCUGCCAAAAAUUUAAUGAAUUCUGUGGUGCAGACAGUGAAGAUGUCCUAUAUUGCAUCCACAAAGAUUAUCAAGAUUCAGAGUCCUACUGGCCCACGACAUCCAGUUGUGAUGUGGAGAAUGAAGGCUCCAGAGAAGAAGCCCCUGGUUAAAAGAGAGAAGCCAGAAGAAAUCUAUGCUGCUGUCAGAAAAGGUUCUGCAAAGAAGAGAAUCCAUCCUGUGCAAGUCAUGAGUGAAUUCAGAGGCAGAGAAGUUGUCUAAUAUUUUGCCACUGUGUCUUCCUAUCUUGAAUUUCCAGUGAUUUUUCAUCUUUUCUCACACUUAUUUAAUAAUCCUAUAUGUCAACAUUUUGCUCUAAAUCUGUAAGGUAACACUUGCCUAAAUGAUUAGAAAAUGCUGUUGGAUUAAUUAGAAGUGCACAGUUGAACAGAAUACUCCUUCUCCUGCAGUGACAAACAGGUGUCUGCACACUGGGAAGGAGCAAUGUGCCAAGUGCCCAAAGCCAUCCUGCAUUCCCCAGGCCUUAGAGCUCCCUCAGCAGGGGUCAGUGGCCCCCACUGCAGUAGCUCUGUUCUGUGACACACAGGGUUUCACACUGGUGCUGGUGGGCCAGCUCAGCUCAGCUGAGCCCAGAGUCUGGGCUCUAAACCUGGGUCCAGACGGAGCAUCCAUACCUGUCCUUGGCUAGGACCAUGCCUCGGAGAUGUAAGCUUGAAAAUGUUCAGUGAAACAACACAAAGUGUUGGAACAAUGUGGAUGUAAUAAUAUAAUUAAAAAGCAUGGAGUGCAAGCCAGCAGGGGUGACAGCUCUUUAGAAGGUCUCUGGAAACACAAACAGGAAUCUCUCUUCUGCUCCCUGCUCUCUUCUGUGAGCCCCAGUAAAUCUUCUGACUCUUACAUUUGGCAAUUCAGAUAAAUCAGACAUUAACAAUAAGAACCUUCCCUAGUUGCGAUAUGAAAGGAGAACUUUGAAAUAAAUCAUUAUCCUGAGCCCAGCGUCUGAAAUACACCUCUCUUGACUCUUAGGAAUGUGGAGACUUUUCCAAAGCAGCUGUAGGGAAUGAAGUUACUUCUGACAGAUGAGUCCUAAACGCAGGAUUGUGCUGGUGAGUGCUGAAUGGCUGCACUCUAUUGUGUAAUGAAGGUAAAUCCUGCUAGCCAGACCUCUGCAGUGUACUUAAGAAAAACAGGUUUUUUCUAAACAGUUCUGAAUCUGAAAACCGCUUGGACUGAUUUUUCUAGAAGGUUCUAACUUGCCUUGUGCCAUGUAAUGAAUUUUUCCCAGGAUCCAUUUGUUACUCAAGAUGCCUUUGCCUGGCCAUUCAGUAGCUCCUUUGGCAUUAGUUCUGUAUUUGCUAAGGUGAAAGGGCUCCCUCAAAAGCAGAGCUGCUGUGUGUUUCUGACUGCCAUUAUGGGAUGGCUCCACACUCUGGGCCGCUGCUCCAGAUCAUUCAUUACCAUGUUUGCACAGCAAGAAUACUGAGCAAGAAUAACCCUGAACUUUGCUUUUCCUCUGGAGCUGCUCUGUCUGUAAGCUCAGGACACUGGGCCAGGGUAAUUUCUAGGUUGUUGGUUAUGAAAUCCUGUGAAACUGUAAGUGCUAUGUAUUAAAAUUUAACUAAAAAUUCUACAGACCAUUUUUCCAACUCCAGCUCCCUCCAUCAUGUUUGCAUCAAGAUGCUACUCAUGUCUCCUGGCUUUGCUGCUCCUCCUAGGGCUCCAGAGGCAGGAGGGAAGUUGGCAGCACCUUGUGAGCUGCCCUGAAACUCUCUUGUCUCCAGGUCACACCUUUGAUCCCAGUCACCUUGGAGUCAGAUACUUGUGACCAGUGCCUUGGUACCACAUUGUUAAUAAAGAAGCAUGUACACCCUGACACUCUGCCAUCAGUGCUGUGGGAUUUUUCCUGUGUGUCUGAAAUUGCAGGCCAGACACCAGCCUUCCUUCCAGCACACUGUGUAUGCUCCAUGAGCUGUUCCACGGGAGAGGCUUUCCAGCACCAGUGUCACUACAGUACACUGUGUGCUUCAUUUGGUGCUCCUUCUGCAAUGCCAGUCUCUGCCCUUACCCUGGCCAUGCUCAGUAGCCACUUUGAUCUCAACACAGCAAUUUAUUACACAAAAACCACCCUCUAAAUGAACAAGGAGUUUAAAAGCCACUGCAGAUUGUCGAGAAGAGCCAAAGGAACAAUAAUUAAACCUAGACUAAGUUUACCUUGGGUCAAAUUCAGUCCCCAGUGAAAAAGUUUAUUGCUGGCUAAGGAGGCAGAGGGUAGCAAGUCCUGGAGCUGUAAAAAGCCCAGCUCAUUACCCCUCAGCCACUCCGGGGAGCAGGGAACCACCACCUCCCUGCUACGAGGGACAAUCCUAAAGGAGGAGAAACUGCUCAGGAAGUUUCAUUCCAAGCAGCUCCUUGUUCACCCUGCAAUCUCCUCAGUCCCUGCCAGCCCAGCUUGCAGAGCAGAACUUCUCCCCAGUUUGUGUCUGCCCCUCACAUGGUGCCUUCAGCCUGGCCAAGCUGCAGCUUUCUCACCUCAGCAGCUCCCAUUAUUGCAUUACCCUACCUUGGCCUCUCCCCAUUACCACAUUACAGAGCAAAGUGUGAUGGAUGAUUGGAGGCAAUUUGGUAUUAGAAAUUCUCACUGGAGCACUAAAAAGUGAGAGUCCCACUGCUGAAACCCAUUAGUUUUGAAAGGACACAUCUGUGUCAUUUCCAUGAAUCCCACAGCUAUUGAAUUUUUACUUUUAAUAAACAACCAAUAUACUUUUUCUCCCAACACAGCCUGGUAUCACUGGGGAAGCUCUACAGCUGCAUCUCCACUAAGAGCCUGAUGUCAGGCCUGGCAUGGUGUUUCCAAAGUCCUGCAGCACUUUUUGAAAGGUUUCUGUUUUUUAUUUUCUGUGAGUCCACAACUGAAGCAUUUGAGAAAAGUAUGUUUAUAUAGCAAGUUCUUUCAUGAGCCUUUAGAAGUUUUACUUUCUGAUGAAAAAAAAAAAAUUAAGUCUUUAUCAGCAGUAGGUAAUAAAAUUCUAUGUAAAACCUAUUUUUGCUUCCAGAUACUACUAAUCCCUUGUGUGCUGCUCCUGGUUGAACUCUGGGGACUUAAAUAAAUCCCUGUUGCCUCAGGCUGGAUUAAAAGCCAGAAGAGAACAAAUGCCCUGUGCUGGAAGAGGCAGGUAGGGUGUGAGGGAGUGUGGCCAGGAUGGGAAUAGGGCACCUUUGCCAGGCCCGGGCCCCAGGGACCCUGCUCAGCCCUCUGCCAGGCUCCCACCUCCUGUCCUCCCCCACAGAACCGAGCCUGGAACGCUGAGGGGGCUCUGCCUGGUAACAGACCACAGGUAAAGAACCCCCUAAUGCUCCGGGGGCUGGGAACAGAGAGAGAACAGAACAAAGCACUCCUGAUAUUGUCCAGAGAGGCAAUUUACCAGAUAAGCAGAGUACUUCAAUCAUUAAAGAUCCAGCUGAUGAUGCUACACACUUUUGUUUUCCUUGGGAGAUCAUUAGACCUGGCUUCACUCUCUCUCUCCCCAAGGUGAUCAGUGGGUUUGGUUUUUGCACAACUACUUCUUCAAGGGAAGAAAAUGCAUCAGCAGUGUUAAUGAACAAGCCAUAGAUUUUGUGUUGUGCACUGGAAGUGGUGCUGCACUGAAAAAUGCCACCUUUCAAAUAACAAACCACAACUCACUGGAAACUUUCUUGGCAUGAAGAAAAACAAAAUACAUCCAAAGCAGAAAUGGCAAACAAACCAUGAAAAUACUUUAAAGCCCCUGAUGUCUCUCAUCAACACGAGCAAUAUGCUGCUGUAGUCCAAGGAACUGGAAGCUGAGGAAUUAAUUUUUGGCUCCAUCCUAAAAGCAAUAAUUAAGAUGAAAGCUUGCCCUGCACGAAGUGGAUCUAAUAGUUUUAUAUUUUAAGAAGCUUUUUACAGGAUAGGAAAUACUCAUAUUCUGCUUCCUGAUGGUGAAAAUGACCAUGUUAAAGCCGGCUGGAGAGCACAGAGAUGACCUGUGCAGGAUGAUGUUUCCUCUCGAGCCUCAAUCUUUUACCAAGCUGGUCAUUUCAGAGCCAUUGGCUUUUCUGCUGCAGUUCUGUUACCUUCAUAGAGGGCAGCACAUGACUGGAGCAGCUACCAACACCCCAUCCCUUCCUCUUUCCAAGGAGGAAAAAACAGCAAAAGGCUCUACAGGCUCUAUUCUGCCUUCCACUCCUCUGCACACCCAGUCUAGUACACUCACAUCACUGAGGGUUUGGGGCUUUGCAGUUUAUACAAUUAUAUAAUUUACCUAUUUGUUUUUUAGAUCUAUCACAACACACAUUAGUAAUGACUAUUAUAACGCAUCACAAAAUACGAGUAACAUCAUGCAGUUAUUUUAAUAUAAUUAAAUAUACAGAUACAUUUAUAAUUAAAUAUAUUUGUGUAAUUCCAUAACAUUUAGUUACCAGUGAACUGAAGUUGUUAGAAUUCAUAGCAAGUACACAGAACUACACUAGUGUUUCACCUUAUAAAGGUGCAGCAUCUCAUAUACUAAACCUCAAUUUUCUGCUUUUGAAUUAAUCUGACAGGGAAAGAAUGGCUGCAUCUUAUGGCAAAAGAACGGCAACUACAUCUAGUCAGUCAAAAAGCAAAGUGGAACUUAAGCCUCCAGCAAUUAAAAAAGUAAGCACAGAAUAAUUAUACCUGCAAACCUUUGAAGAGUUUGAAUAGGAUAUUCAUACUUACUAUACUAGAAAAAGAAAGGGAAAUGAGACAACUUUUUGGCUUAGGAUGAGCUCUAUUAUCACUGAAAUAAUUUUUGUCUAGCUGCAAGCUUUACACCAGCCAAUAUAAUUUCAAGAGAAGCAGUUGCUAUGUAGAAUGACUAAGAUGCUUCACUUCCCCCAGCAUCCUGUCCUUCAACUACUCUUUCCUAUCUCUCUCCCUGGAAGAACCUCUUGUUCUCUGGAAUGAAUUCAGCAUAUACAAAUAUACUAACAUUUCGGUGACUGUAUCCAUCUCAGAGAUUCCAUCUGAAGCAAUUACUGUGAAUUUAACCCAUAAUCUUGGCUAAAAAUAAACUGAGUGUAGACAACCCUGUCACUAGAAUUAAAUUCAAGACUCAAACCUGC